AUGCAUCAUUGUUCAUCUAUUAUUAAAUGUAAACAUUGCAAUGGUGAUCAUUUAUCUAACUCUAUGGAAUGCCCUGUUGUUAAAACCUUUCGUGCUGAUCUUACAAAAAAAUUGUUGAACAUCAAUAAUAAUGUUACAUCAUAUUCUUCGUCUAUGGCAGCUAAUAUAGCUAACAAUAACAAGUCUCAACAUAUUGAUAAUGAUUUUCCUCGUGCAGCAGCUCCUUGGGCACCAUCUAGUAAUCCAAUGGAUUUAAAAUUAAGUACUCUUAUAUCAGAUCUUUCUCAAGUUAAUGAAACUUUAAGUAAAUUGUGUGUUACAAAUCAAGGUUUUCAACAGUUUAUGAUUGAAAAAAAUGAAAAUGAUAUAAGAAUUAAUAAUGAAAUUGAUGAUCUUAAAUCUAUUAAUAAUAAAAUGGAUUAA